CUGCUGCUGCUGCUGCUGAACUGAAUCCUCAUCGUGUGUGAGAUACCGAAAAUUGAGGCGGUGAAGUGUCGUCUUUACUUGGACGGAAAUGAACUCCGGUGAUGGAAAUACUGGCGAUUUUCAUGAUGGUCCGAAUAAUAAUGAUCCUUUUGAUAUAGUUUCAACGAAAAGUGCAUCUGUUGAUAGACUUAAAAGAUGGAGGCAAGCGGCGCUUGUGUUGAAUGCUUCUCGUCGUUUUCGAUACACCUUGGAUUUGAAGAAGGAGGAAGAGAAGAAACAAACUAUAGCAAAGAUCAGAGCUCACAUACAAGCCAUACGAGCAGCCUACCGUUUCCAAGUGGCUGGACAAAAACCUGAUGAGACGAAUCAGCUGCCUCAGUCACAUAAAUCUGCGGAUAUAUGCAAAGAUUCUUGGUUGAUCAGCAGGGAAUUGGCAGUGGGAAAGUGGAGCAUGGAUUUAGAACAGACAACAACUACAUUUUUUGGUGAUCAGAGAUACCUUUGCCCACUUCGGGUUUCCAAAAAAAAAGGGCCACCAGAGGAACUCCAUCAAUCUAAUUCAUCUCAAUCUGGAAUCAUAGACGAAAAGAUAAGAGCCCCACUAAAGCUAUUAGCUUUCCGUAAGGAACAUGUCCUUGUUCAGUUCUGGUCGCCUCGCCUUGUUGGGAAGUCAUGGGAACUCACGACUGUAGAUCGACCAUAUGGUCUUGGUACAAGUGAUAAUGGGCUUUUUAGGUAUAGGCAGCACUCUGAGAACCAUCCUAUUCUUUUGGAUGAGGAUAAACAAGAAAAGGAUUUUGGUCCUCCUGCUCGAGUAUUUAGGCAAGGAUUACCAGAGUGGACUUGUGAUCUAACUAAUUAUAGCCGGGGAGAUUUUCCAGCACAAGAUUUUGCUAUUCGUUGCAAUCUAAGAGGAUAUUUGGCUCUACCUGUGUUUGAUUCAACUGGCUGUGUUGGUGUGCUUGAAUUCUUGACAUCUUCCGGAUAUACGAGUAUGGCUUAUGAGGUUCAAGAGAUUCACAAGGCACUCAAGACGGAAAAUCUGACAACUCCGCAAGCAUCUAAUUGUCCUGCUUCAAAUGUCCUGAAUGAACACUUACAAUCAAAAUUGUCUGAAAUCCGUAGCAUUCUGAAAGAUGUGUGUGACAUCCAUGAGUUACCUCUUGCCCAGACAUGGGUUGUGACCCCAUUCAGUAGUUUUGUUCCAUUUGACAAAGUUCUUGAGAAGAGCUGUAGUAGUUUCGACACUAGAUGCAUUGGGAAAGUCUGCAUGUCCUCAACUCAUCUACCUUUUUAUGUUCCAGAUAAAUGCAUGUGGCCUUACAUGAAAGCAAGCCAAGAGCAACACUUAGAGAAGUCUCUAGGGGUUGUUGGAAAAGCAUUUUCAUCCCGUGGUUCAUGUUUUUGUAAAGAUUUAACUAAACUCAGUGAAGAGGAGUAUCCCUUGGUCCACAAUGCACGCAUGUAUAAGAUAUCGGGGUGCUUGGCAAUUUUUUUGCAUAGUCUUGAAGGAAAUGAUGACUAUGUGUUAGAGUUUGUUUUACCGCUAGACUUGAUAGAUGGUGGAUAUGUGUCGUUAACGAAGACAUUGAAGCAAAAAUUUGAGGUAACUUCAAGAUUUAAACUUGGUGACACAUCCUCUAUACAAGAAGUUAGACCAUCUACAGAUCUCUCUGUAUACAAUAAACAUGACAUUAUCCAAACAUCUUCAAACUGUAUGACUGAAAAUUCACUCUUUCAUUCUGAUUCAUCAAAUUCAAUCUUUCAUUCUGAUUCAUCAACUUCAGAGUCAUCUACGACAGAUACCGCUACAACUGACUCUGCCAAGUUCCCAGACCAAUGGUCCGCCACUAACAGGAGUGUGGUGAAUAUUGAUGCUCAAGAAAAGAGCAACACUCUCAAACAAGGAAUAAAACGUAAAAUAGAGUCAGAUCCAUUGCCAUCAGCUAUUAGUAUCAGGGCAUUCAAGGUAACUUUUAAAACUGAUACACAGAAGUUUCAGUUUGAUACGUCAUUGGGACUUUCAAUUCUAAAAAGCGAAGUGGAUCAAAGGUUCAAGUUAAAUGGUAUGGAUUUUGCUCUUAAAUAUAAGGAUGAAGAUGAUGAUUUGAUACUCGUUGCUAUCGAUGACGAUUUGGAGUAUGCUUUUGCUACUCUAGGCAGUAACAUGAGUAGAACAUUUAUCUGCACAAUUCAUUAGCUUAAUCAGUUCGUUGCAAUAUCAAAAGCGAGGUGGAUCAAGGGUUCAAGUUAAACUGUAGGAUUUUGCUCUUAAAUACUGGGAUGAAAAUGAUGAUUUGUUACUCGUUGCUGACGAUGACGAUUUGGAUAUGCUUUUGUUACUUUAGGCAGUAACAUGAAUAGAAGAUUUAUCUGCACAAUUCAUUAGCUUAAUCAGUUCGUUGCAAUAUCAAUAUGACUCAGAUAGGCUUUUACGUAAAUGAUAUAUAGUUGUAUACUACUCAAGGCAGGCUUUUAUGUACAUGCUAUAUAUAAGGUUUUGUUUGUA